AUGCGUUACGCUCUUUAUACCCUCGCCCUUGGGGCAACCUCGACCCUGGCGGUCCCGGUGUCUGUGACAUCGCACAAUGGUACCCUGCCGAACGUCCCUGGUAGAAUUGGUACUCCCCUCUCCAACCCAUCCAGGGAUCGUGCUGGAUUGCAGUCUCGUACCUUCUUGCCUCUCAUUGAAUGGCUCGGCAACCACGGCUCGGCCACUUCCACUACUUCUUGUGAAGCAUGUGAGGCUUCCGGUAGCGCUACUAGUAGCGGUGAUGUUAGUGUGACUACUAGCGUUUGUGAAAAAUGCGAAAACGGCCACGGUGUUGGUGUGAGUGUUAGCUUUGGAACCAACCCCAGUGCCUCUGCUGGCGCCAGUGUCAGUGGUGGUGUCAGCGGAAGUGUGAGCGGAGGCGUCAAUGGUGGUGGUAGUGUUGGCGCCAACGUUGGCGGUGGUGCCAAUGCUGGUGCUAGUGGUGACGCUGGUGCUGAUGUCGGUGCCAGCGGCAGCGGAGAUGUCAGCGGAGGCGCUAAUAUUGGAGGAGAUGCUAAUGGGGGAGCCAACGUUGGUGCAGGCGGUGAUGCCGGGGCUGAUGUUGGUGCCGGCGGCAGUGGAGAUACUAGCGGAAGCGCUAAUGUUGGAGGAGAUGCUAGUGGCGAUGCUGGAGCUGGCGUGAGUGCUACGGGUAGUGGAGAUGUUAGUGGAGGAGCCAACGUGGGAGGAGAUGUCAGCGGCAGUACAAACGCCGGUGCCAGUGGUGACGCUGGAGCCAAUGUAGGUGCUACUGGCAGUGGAGAUGUUAGCGGUGGCGGAGAUGUUGCCGGCAAUGCUACUGUCGGAGGAGGUGUUAACGCCGGUGGUGAUGUCGGUGCCAGUGGUAAUGCUGGGGCCGAUGCUGGAGCCACUGGAAGUGGAAAUAUUAGCGGUGGAGCUAACGCCGGUGGAAAUCUCAGCGCUGGCGGGGAUGUCUCUGGCGGUGCCAAUGUUGGCGGAGAUGCUGGCGCUAGUGGUGACGCUGGAGCUGACGUUGGUGCCAGUGGAAGUGGUGAUAUCUCCGGUGGUGCCAAUGUCGGUGGUGAUGCCGGUGCUAGCGGAAAUGGAGAUGCCUCUGGCAGUGCCAACGUUGGUGCUGAUGUUAGUGGUAAUGCUGGUGCCGAUGUUGGCGGAGGAGCAAAUGCCAGCGGAAACCUUGGAGGCAAUGUUGGAGCAGACGUUGGAGGCAACCUUGAUGGUAGUGCAGGUGUUGGAGCCGACGCUGGUGUUGGUGGAGAUGCUGGCGCAGGUAUCGGAGCAAAUGCAGGCGUUGGCGGAAAUGCUGAUGCAGGUGUUGGUGCUAACGUUGGUGGCAACCUGGGAGGUAAUGCUGGAGCUAAUGUUGGAGGCAUCCUUGGUGGAAUCGCUGGUCUUGGUGGUAAUGCUGGCGCAGGCGUCGGUGCCAAUCUCGGUGGAAACCUUGGAGGAAGCUUGGGCGCCAACGUGGGUGGAAAUGUUGGUGGAAACGUCGGCGCGAAUGCCGGUGUUGGCGCUGAUGCAGGCGCUGGAGAGGAUUGCGACGAGUAA